AAAAAUCUAUGAUGGUGGCAGAACAUGCGCAAGCAUGUCCAGGCGCCAGCUCAAUCUCUUCAUCAUUGAUUUGCCUUACCUGCUCUCUUUCCCUUUCUCUUUCUCUCUUCAUAAUUUGCACACCCAAAAUCCAUAAAACAGAAGAGAAAUCAAUUCCACUCUCUUUCUCUCUCUCUCUUCUUCUUCUGAAGCGGAGGGGGAAUUGCUUUCUGCAAUACUCUGUACAUUUCUGAACUCCCUUUCUCUCCCAAUUCAAAACCCAAAAGCAGAAAAAAGCCAAACACCCAGACGAAGAAAAAAGAAAAGGAUAAGAAGAAAAACGGCAUGUCGUCUUCAGACGAUGAAGGGUCUGGAGAGGAGUACCUGUUCAAGAUCGUGAUAAUCGGAGACUCUGCGGUGGGCAAAUCGAACUUGCUUUCUCGGUAUGCUAGGAAUGAGUUCAAUAUGCAUUCCAAGGCCACCAUUGGGGUGGAGUUUCAGACCCAGAGUAUGGAUAUUGAUGGAAAAGAGGUCAAAGCCCAGAUUUGGGAUACCGCCGGACAAGAAAGAUUCAGGGCGGUCACGUCGGCCUACUACCGUGGAGCUGUCGGUGCUCUUAUUGUCUAUGACAUUACUCGCCGCACAACCUUUGACAGUGUCGGCCGUUGGCUUGAGGAGCUCAAUACUCACUCAGAUACAACAGUUGCGAGGAUGCUAGUGGGGAACAAAUACGACUUGGAGAAUAUAAGGGAUGUGAGUGUCGAGGAAGGGAAAAGCCUUGCAGAAACAGAAGGCUUGUUUUUCAUGGAGACAUCUGCCCUUGACUCAACAAAUGUUAAAAAGGCUUUCGAGAUUGUUAUUAAAGAAAUAUAUAACAAUGUUAGCCGGAAGGUCCUAAACUCAGAUACUUACAAGGCAGAACUAUCGGUGAACCGGGUAAGCCUCGUUAAUAAUGGGGCAGAUGCAUCAAAGAAAAACCAAAGCUUCUAUUCUUGCUGUUCAAGUUAAACUACUAUUUCAUGUCUCAUAAAAAAAAAGUGUACAAGAUGAGGGCUUUCAAUGGGUUUGUCAAUUCAAUUUGGUUGGUUAAAUUUGUUUGUUUGUUUGUUAUUGGAUUUGUAUUCAAUUAUAUGACCAAAUAAGACAAUAUUAUAGAAAGAAUUUGUUAUUAUUGUUAA